ACCAUUCGGUUACUAACUAAUGUGUCCUCCACCUCCAUCGGGGGGAAGGCACCGAAUGCGUCCACUCUGGUGCUAUUCCAAAUAUGGACAAGCAUCAGUGUAUCACUGGGGCCGCUUACGAACGAUCCCGAGAUUGCCGGUCGCGGAUGCAGUUUGCAGAAAUUGAGUGCAAUAAUCAGUUGAUGCAAUACGCGAAUUGGCCAGCAGCGGGUUUUGUAAGACUUGCGUAUCGAGUCUAAAACAAUCUAUCGGGCCGAAUCGUUGCUGAAGAGUUUCCAGUUUUCGAGAAUUCAACAUACCGACAUGCCGGAAGUGACAAAUCUGUGCCAUUUGGAAACGUCGAAUCCGAUUCAUAGUGACUGUGGAUGGAACUGGAACAGUUUCACAAUCAAACCUCGAGCUGUUUUUUUUUUCAAAUGAAGAGUAUUAAAUGUGUGUUGAACGGGGUUUCUGUUCUCUGGAAUACAUUCGAAUGGGAAGCCGUCGAUGAGCUGUCCAGUUGAUAGAUCCUUGUUCCCAGCCCGAUUGAAAGUAUCCGAUACAAAAUGUGAGUUCAUAACUACGAGCUGAAGAUAUAACAAAGCAUGAAACAGUUCAUCGAUAACCCACGAGUGAUUAGAAUUAUUCCAAGCAUUAUGCAUUACACUACAGUUACCAUUAAGAGAAGUAUAUCGAUAACGUGGCUAGCCCAGAUGUCGCUCAAUAUAUUCCUGAUCCUGUUGCUGCUGAUGUGCCAAGAGAACAAAGUUCACCGAUGGAAGGUGAACGGCCAGAUCAACGCAUUUCAGCCGACCAUUUUCGACAAAUCGGAGUGGCGGCUGUUCUUCCAUCUGUACAGAAACAUCACCAUGAUGAUGGCCGGUCGCACCGGGUUGAAAACGCAAGGGAACUUUCUGCAGAAACGAGUGCCGGAUUACGUGCCAUUCCCGUGCGAUGUUUCGAUUGGCAGGAGCCGCGAGCCGCCCUCCAGCGUGCACAAACUGAGACCAGGUGACAUCAACGUGAUAGCAGCGAUAGGAGACUCUGUGAUCACAGCCAGUGGGGCAUCCGCCACCAGCUUCCUGGAGUUGUACACGGAAAACCGUGGACUAUCGUGGUGCAUCGGUGGUCAGUGGAAUUGGCGUAACGCCACCACACUUCCUAAUAUCUUAAAAGUAUUUAAUCCUAAGUUAGUAGGUUACUCCUACAGCGACUCCUACAGUUUCCACUGGGACUCGCAGUUUAACAAUGCGGAGAUCGGUGCCAUUUCGAAGGAACUCCCCCAUAUGGCCCGACAGAUGGUCACUCGGAUCCGAUCGGACCGGCGGGUUAACUUCAAAAAGGACUGGAAAAUUCUUACUAUAACCAUCGGCGGGAACGACAUUUGCGCGUACGUUUGCACGAUGAAAAAUCCCGAAUCUCUGCCCAGGCAGCAUCGACGGAAUCUGCUGACGACGCUCCGCUAUCUGAGGGAUAAUCUACCGCGGACAUUCGUCAACAUAGUGUCGAUACCGGACGUGGAGAAGGUUGUGUCCCUGCCGGGAAAACCGACCAUUUGCUGGAUUCUACACCACGGAGAGUGCCCAUGUUGGGUAGGUCCUAUCCAUAACGCGACAAGCAAUUCUCGAGCUAGAUGGGCUCGGAUACAGCAACAGUACAAAAAGGUAGAAGAAGAGGUGCCAAUGCUUGACGAGUUUCGAGGACUCGAUGAGUUCGCUGUAGUUAACCAACCUUGGACGAAACAACUGACCUUGAACAAAGCAAACGGUGUCGAUUACACCUUGUUAUCUUAUGAUUGCUUUCACCUGAGUCAGAAGGGCCAUGCACGAGCAGCGGCGGCGCUUUGGAGCAACAUGCUGGAACCAUAUGGAAAGAAACGAAAAAGCUGGAACCCACCAUAUGAAAACUUCCGAUGCCCGACGAGCCAAAAUCCCUACAUAUACACUUACGACAACAGCUAACAGCGCUCGAAUCGAUCGGUUGUCUCAGACAAUGUGUUAAUUGUGCAAUGAUAGAGCCGACACCGCCAGCUAAUAACUCCGAAU